AUGCAGCAGCAGCAGCAGCCAAGCGACGUUGAUGACGGCCGUGGCGAUAGUGACCUGCCCUCGUCCCUACCUUCGUACACGCCAGCGUCGUCCUCGCAGAGCAUCUCUGGAGCUUCUCUCUACAGCUACAAGAGAUUGAACCAGUCGCUGGCCGAGCCUGACGCCGAUGCCUCGCCACGUCAAUGGAAUUCCCGCCCUGGUAUUCACAGGAGGAGCACGAGCGCUCGUUCGACCGAUACAGCUGCGUGGAAUGAUCCGCACUUAAGCCGAUUGCAGCCCAGUCCGUCCGAAGGCAUGCGCAGCAUGACGUUUCGAGACGGUGCGGGGUUCCAGAUGCAGACUGAACAGGACCAGGCGAUGAGGCCACUAGCUACGACAGGCACAUCGAUGACGGUAGCAGGUCGACAGGCUGCUGCGUCAGUGGCUCAGAUCUCGGCAGCUCAAUUUGCAGCCAGUACGGGAGGGUUGUCGAUGGAUACGGCGCUUCUAGCGCGUGUAAGUGGCACGGACCCGUCGCUCAUGGGCUCGGAAGAUAUCAAGCAGAUCAUGCGCACGCCCGACUUGCUGUCCAUCUACCAGAAGCUGCAAGAAGAAGAUGAUCGGAGACAGCGACGUCUGGAGCGCAAUCGCGCGUCAGCACGAGUGCGACGGGAGAAGAAAAAGGGCAUGGUGGAGACGUACGAAGGAGAGGUGUCGAAGCUUGAGACUGCUUUGAACAUACUCAAGAAGCACGAGUUUGGUACUGGGGAUGCUCAUGAAUUAGCAACAGCUUUGGAGUAUGGCUCGGGAGAACACCUGCGUAAUGCACUGCUGUCCAAAGAUGCCAAGAUGGAGUUGAUGGCACGCAUCCUUGGACAACACUCGAAAAAUACGGACGCUAUCCGUCGUGCCAAUGCAGAGAAUCAAGCGUUGAUUGCAGUAGCGUCGAACAGAUCGGAGUUGUUCUUGUCGUUAAGAACGCAACUAGGUCUCACUGAUACGCAAUGUCAGCGAAUUGCGAGCUUGGCAAUCCCUGCUGGUGAAGAAGCACGGAAGCUGGACGCAAUUCUCAAGUGCUUCUCUGCACUGCAAGCUCACGACUGGCUUUAUGUCCCCGGCAUUGAGACCAUCCUGCAUCAAUCUCGAAAUACAAUGACUCCACACCAAUUCCAGAAGUUCCUGUCUUGGACCCUGGAGAACCAACCGUCGAUCGAUCAGUUGCAGUUUCUACCGACAGCAUCGGCCUCCGAUUCCGAAAAAGAUUUGGCAUUUACCUUCUCGGAGGACUAG